CGGCCACUGUUUCGCUUUCAACAUUACGAGCAUCAAGGGUUUUUCAGAGACUUCCGGCGACGAAACGUUUUCCUCUACUCUCUCUCCCUUCACUUGCAUCGUUCCGAAUAGGGUUUUAGGUUUUGCUACAGUCUCUUCAAAACCAUGACUGAUACGGACAUGGAAGAGAUCGAGGCCGCUAUGGAGGUCGAUCUACGCGACAUAGGAGAGCCGUUUCUCCAGAGCUUCUGCAAGAAAGCGGCGACUUCUUUCUUCGACGAGUACGGCCUCGUCAGCCACCAGCUCAACUCGUACAACUUCUUCGUCGAGCACGGGCUCCAGAGCGUGUUCGAAUCGUCCGGGGAGAUGCUCGUGGAGCCGUCGUUCGAUCCGACGAAGAACAAGGACCAUGAGUGGAGAUACGCGACGGUGAAGUUCGGGGAAGUCAGCGUGGAUAAGCCUACCUUGUACUCUGAUGAUAAGGAGCUUGUGUUUCUUCCCUGGCAUGCUAGGCUUCAGAACAUGACCUACUCGGCCAGGAUGAAAGUUAAUGUCGAUGUUGAGGUGUUCGUUAAGAAAGUUGUUAAGAGAGACAAGUUCAAGACGGGACAAGACGAGUAUGUUGAGAAGCAGAUCCUGUCUAAGAAGACGCAGGACAUCCCGAUUGGGAGGAUACCCGUGAUGGUGAAGUCUGUGCUUUGCAACACAACGGAGAAAGAGAAAGGGAAGAACGGGGAAAGCUACAGAAAGGGGGAGUGUGCGUUUGACCAGGGCGGAUACUUUGUGAUUAAAGGAGCUGAGAAGGUCUUUAUUGCUCAAGAACAGAUAUGCACAAAGAGACUCUGGAUUUCUAAUUCACCAUGGACAGUCUCCUACAGGUCCGAGACUAAGAGGAACCGGUUCAUUGUGCGUCUAUCAGAGAAUCAGAAAGCUGAAGACUUCAAGAGAAGGGAGAAAGUACUGACAGUGUACUUCCUGUCAACCGAGAUCCCGGUCUGGCUCCUGUUCUUCGCUCUGGGUGUUGCGUCAGACAAAGAGGCUGUCGAUCUGAUUGCCUUCGAUGGCGGGGAUGCAAGCAUCACCAACAGCGUCAUUGCUUCGAUCCAGGAAGCUGAUCUGGUUUGCGAAGAUUUUCGCCAUGGGAGGAAUGCUCUGGCAUAUGUCGAGAACCAGAUUAAGAGUACAAAAUUCCCACCUGGAGAAAGUGUGGAUGACUGCCUAAGUCUGUUCUUGUUUCCAGGCCUCAAAAGCUUGAAGCAGAAAGCACGAUUCCUGGGCUACAUGGUGAGAUGCCUGUUUAGCGCAUAUGCUGGGAAAAGAAAGUGUGAGAACAGAGACAACUUUAGGAACAAGAGGAUCGAACUAGCUGGAGAGUUGCUGGAAAGGGAGUUAAGGGUGCAUCUGGCACACGCUAGAAGAACAAUGACCAAGGCCAUGCAGAGACACCUCACGGGGGAUGGCGAUUUGAAGCCUAUUGAGCAUUAUUUGGAUGCUUCCAUCAUAACGAAUGGACUCAGUAGAGCCUUCUCCACUGGAGCGUGGUCUCAUCCCUUCAGGAAGAUGGAAAGGGUGUCAGGUGUUGUUGCUAAUCUAGGCCGUGCAAAUCCCCUGCAGACUUUGAUUGAUCUGAGGAGAACGCGGCAACAGGUCCUGUAUACCGGUAGAGUUGGAGAUGCUAGAUACCCGCAUCCCUCUCACUGGGGCAGAGUAUGCUUUUUGUCAACCCCAGAUGGUGAAAAUUGUGGUCUUGUGAAGAACCUGUCUCUCCUUGGAGUUGUUAGCACUCAAAUUAUGGAGCCCGUGGUGGAAAAGCUCUUCGAUAGUGGAAUGGAAGAGCUGGUGGACGAUACCAGUACACCACUGUGCGGGAAACACAAAGUUCUUCUGAAUGGAGACUGGGUUGGAGUAUGUUCGGAUUCGGACUACUUCGUUGCGGAGUUAAAAAGCAGGCGGCGUCAUAGUGAAUUACCUCGUCAGAUGGAAAUCAAGCAAGACAAAGAUGACAAGGAGGUACGGAUUUUUACUGACGCUGGCAGACUUCUCCGUCCCCUCAUGGUUGUGGAAAAUCUCCACAAGUUGAAGCAGAGUAAACCAUCGCAGUACACCUUUGAGCAUCUUCUUGAUCAAGGGAUUCUCGAGCUGAUCGGGAUUGAGGAAGAAGAAGACUGUACCACCGCAUGGGGAACCAAACAGCUUCUGAAAGAGCAGAAGAGUUACACUCAUUGCGAACUGGACCUGUCGUUCCUGUUGGGUGUCAGCUGUGCCAUUGUUCCGUUCGCUAAUCACGAUCAUGGUAGAAGAGUUCUCUACCAGUCCCAGAAGCAUUGCCAACAAGCCAUUGGCUUCUCCUCAACGAACCCAAACAUCCGCUGUGAUACCCUGACCCAGCAGCUGUUCUACCCCCAGAAACCACUUUUCAAGACAAUGGCGUCCGAGUGUCUUCAGAAGGAUGUGUUGUUUAAUGGACAGAACGCAAUUGUUGCUGUGAAUGUUCAUCUCGGGUUCAACCAGGAGGACUCCAUUGUGAUGAACAAGGCUUCGCUGGAACGUGGUAUGUUCCGUUCAGAACAGAUCAGGAGCUAUAAAGCUGAUGUAGACAGUAAAGACUCGGAGAAGAGGAAAAAGAUGGACGAGGUUGUUCAGUUUGGAAAGACACACAGCAAAAUUGGCAGAGUUGACAGCUUGGAUGAUGACGGGUUCCCUUUUGUUGGUGCUAAUAUGCACAGUGGUGAUAUUGUCAUUGGCAGAUGCACCGAGUCUGGGACUGAUCACAGCGUGAAACUGAAGCACACUGAGAGAGGGAUAGUGCAGAAAGUGGUUCUAUCGUCCAAUGACGAUGGGAAAAAUUAUGCUGCUGUUUCUCUAAGACAGGUUCGUUCUCCAUGUCUUGGAGAUAAAUUCUCCAGUAUGCAUGGUCAGAAGGGUGUCUUAGGCUAUAUAGAGGAGCAGGAGAAUUUUGCUUUCACGACGCAAGGCAUAGUUCCUGAUAUCGUGAUAAACCCGCACGCAUUCCCUUCUCGGCAAACACCGGGCCAACUCUUGGAGGCUGCUCUCUCCAAAGGAAUAGCUUGUCCUAUGCAAAAGAAGAAGGGCAAGACUGAUGCAUACUCCAAAGUCAAACGCCAUGCAACUCCGUUCUCCACUCCCAGUGUCGAUGACAUAACCGACCAGCUUCACAGGGCUGGCUUUUCAAGAUGGGGAAACGAAAGGGUGUACAAUGGAAGAACAGGAGAGAUGAUGCGUUCACUCAUCUUCAUGGGCCCAAAUUUCUACCAGCGACUCAUCCACAUGUCGGAGGACAAAGUCAAGUUCAGGAACACCGGACCAGUUCACCCUCUGACGCGCCAGCCGGUUGCAGACAGGAAGAGGUUCGGUGGAAUCAAGUUCGGAGAGAUGGAGCGAGACUGUCUGAUUGCUCACGGUGCAUCAGCGAACUUGCACGAGCGUCUGUUCACUCUGAGUGACUCUUCACAGAUGCACAUCUGCAGGAACUGUAAAAGCGCAGCCAAUGUGAUCGAGAGGGUGGCAAGCAGUGGAAAAAGGAUCAGAGGACCAUAUUGCAGGCUGUGCGAGUCUCCGGACUAUGUGGUGAUGGUGAACGUGCCGUAUGGAGCUAAGCUUCUGUAUCAGGAGCUGUUCAGUAUGGGCAUCUCUCUCUCCUUCGAAACCAACCUCUGCUGAAUGGUCCCAUUCUCUAUGUUUAUAUCUAUCGUCUAAUAAUAACAAACAUAUGUAUGGCUUAGAGCCUUUAGACCAUGGUAUCUGUAGUUUGAAUCUGUUCUGGUUCGGGUCACCUGAACCCUAAGGAGCCAUUAAAACCGGUUUAUGACACUUUUAAUCGAGCUAAUGUUAAUCGACUUAACCGGCU